CUAGAGCAAUGAUCCUCCCACCAGGAAGAUCUUACGUGGACGAGUGAGUAGAUCCUAAGUAAAUGCUCGUGUAGAAGGGAUCCGAGACACGUAAUUGUAACUCAGUGAAGAAUCAUUCAAGACUUAUUAUACACAUAGAGUAAACUUCUACGACACAACUAUUGAAACGAAGUACUACAACUAGUACUACAUGUACUUUUUAACCUCCGCUCGAGAACUACAAUGUUGUCAUGAAAUACCAACUUACAACAGAGCCACGAAAUCAACCACGAUACAACUCGCUUUUUCGCUUUUAAAGAGAACGUAAGACUAACUAGCUAUCACUUGUUUUUCAGGACUUAGGUGCUAUUAUCUAAACUUAAAAACUUGAUCUAGUUACUCGCUAUCAUUUGCACUUGAAGACUUAACUGCUACCAUUAGUUGCUAG